AUGGGAAACGUUGCAGAGUUCUUCUCUAAGCUCCACGCCAUUACCUUCUGCUUGCUUUCCAUCUUGAUAUUUGAGUUAGCCCUCUUCAUCCAAUCCGUCUCAUACUACAACUGGCGGCGCCUCGACAAACGCAAAGCCGGAGCCACCGAAAGCAGCUCUUUAUUGGCUCUGAUUGAUGCCCAACGUCCAGCGAUUCGUUAUAACGGUGGUGGAGAAUGGAAUGAAUGCGCGGUGUGUUUGACGAGAGUGGAAGAUGGGGAUGAGAUCAGAGUGUUACAAUGCAAGCAUGAUUUUCAUAAAGAGUGCUUGGAUCAGUGGUUAGAGAGGGAGCAAGUGACAUGUCCGAUGUGUAGGAGGUAUGUGUUGCCUGAAGAUGUUAUAUUCAAACACAAGCAAUUGAGGAGCAGAGAUGCGUUUAAUCAAGAUUCUUUCUUGUAUAUAAGAUGGUAG